AUGUUGGCUUGGCGACUUCUUCACCACCAUUGCAGCCACCUGGCAGCAACCUUCGAAGCGGUAUCUUCAAUGACCAAAGCUAGUGUGGGACAAUCCCCGAAACAGACCACGCUGCCUGCCUCCGAAUUCUCGCCCUCCACUGGGAGGAUGUCUUCCCGUCUCAAGUCCCUUCUUAUCCAGCUUCCACGACUUCUGCCUCCAGCGGAACCACUCAAGGAAUUUGUCCUCUUCCCCAAGUUGCCUCUGGAGAUCCAGAACAAAAUAUGGAAAGUCGCAGCCUCCACACCCAGAGUUGUCAAGCUCUUCCGCCCAGAGUAUGAGGUUCAACCCUCGAUCCUUCUCACCUCUCGGGAAGUGCGACGGGAGGGAUUGAGAUACUACAAGACAUGUAUUGCGAAGUUCCCGCAUUAUGGUGGGCACAAAUAUGGUUGCUUCUACCUUCCAAAGGAGCACCAGAAGAGAAUAGUGUGCAUCAACUUUGAAGUCGAUCAAUUCGUCGUACCUGCGCCAUUCUUUUCCCCGCCGCCGCUAUGCUACCUCCACCCCGAUGACAUGGGCAAGAUCCAAACCUUGACCAUCGACCAUACUGGUUACCAACCCAGUGGUCUCAGCAGUGUCCAGAGCCCGCCAAGGGGUAUUGUCGAUCUCUUGUCGCAGGUGCCUAACCUCAGGCAACUCAAUAUUCUGGUUAGGAACUGGUGCGCUCAAGUUGGUGUGAACCAGGGCAUCGGUCAAGAGCUUUGGCGAAAGGAGCUGGAUGGCAGGUUUCGCACACAUUUUGAACUUGCCAUGAGGGACGCUGGAAAUACAGCUAGACUUGAGAUUAUCUUCAAGGAUUGGAAUGACUCUGAUACUGCACCUUGCUCUGCAGAUGCUGCAGGAGGCUUUAGUUGGAGAUAUUUCAGUCCUCUUGCGAAUGAGAACAGUUAUCGUUGA